UUUAAUUGUUUGUAUUUUCAGGGUUUAAAGAGGAUUUUAGACCCUCUUGUUCUUAUAUCUCCAAUUGAAAAAACUAAUUCUAAAAAUGAAUCAAGACGAGAAAGCUAACUUGAAGGAUUUGGAUGGUUGGGUAGAACAAUUGAUGGAGUGUAAGCAACUAUCAGAAAACCAGGUUAAGACCCUGUGCGAAAAAGCAAAAGAGAUUUUGAGCAAGGAGAGCAAUGUUCAGGAGGUUAAGUGCCCUGUGACCGUGUGCGGAGAUGUGCAUGGUCAGUUUCAUGAUCUUAUGGAGCUCUUUAGAAUCGGUGGUAAGUCCCCGGACACGAACUAUUUGUUUAUGGGGGAUUAUGUGGACCGAGGAUAUUACAGCGUAGAGACAGUUACUCUCCUGGUCACACUUAAGGUACGGUUCCGUGAGCGUAUUACAAUCCUGCGUGGAAACCAUGAGUCCAGACAGAUUACUCAGGUUUAUGGGUUCUAUGAUGAAUGCCUGCGUAAGUACGGAAAUGCCAAUGUUUGGAAAUACUUCACUGAUCUAUUUGACUACCUUCCUCUUACCGCUUUAGUUGACAGUCAAAUAUUCUGUCUACAUGGAGGCCUCAGUCCUAGUAUCGAUACUCUGGAUCAUAUCAGAGCUCUGGACCGUCUUCAAGAGGUUCCUCAUGAGGGUCCUAUGUGCGAUCUUCUAUGGUCAGAUCCUGAUGAUAGAGGUGGCUGGGGAAUUUCUCCCAGAGGAGCUGGAUAUACCUUCGGCCAGGAUAUAUCUGAGACAUUUAACCACUCUAACGGGUUAACACUUGUAUCACGAGCUCAUCAGCUUGUCAUGGAAGGUUACAAUUGGUCACAUGAUAGGAAUGUUGUCACCAUAUUCUCUGCUCCCAACUACUGUUAUCGCUGUGGAAACCAAGCUGCUAUAAUGGAGCUUGAUGAUGCUCUGAAGUACAGUUUUCUACAGUUUGAUCCUGCGCCACGCAGAGGUGAACCUCAUGUCACACGCAGAACUCCUGAUUAUUUCCUGUAGGCUCUCGGAUCAUCAAUCUACUUCAGCCGAUAUUCUAAAUUUCUUUUCAUGAUAAUAUUCUAAAUUACUCUGUCUUAUUAACCAUUAUUUUAAUUAGAUAGUUAGACUAUAGACAUCCCACCAGUAAAUCUUUAUCUUUAUUUUUGGGGUUUUUACUUUUAUCUUAACUACUUGACAUCUGGUAAAUGGUAGAUUAUUUUACUAAAAGUACACUUUGUUCAUAAAUAAUUGUUAACUGAAAUUAUAGUUCGAAUUUAUUACAGAUGUUUUAAGAUGAAGCAAUGUUUUCUACCAACUUUUCUUUACUUUGUCUGAUUCAGAAUUACUUAUCGAUUAAUGUUCCAAUAUAUUAUGGGUUACUCUAGAUUUAGCAUAUUUUAUUAUUGGUAGGUAAACUGAAACUCUAUACUCGGAUGUUUUGGUUUAUAAGUACUUAUUUUGACUAAUGUACAUUGUAUUGUACACACUGUGCAGUGUGCAACGUUUGUGCAAUGAACUAAUUUUGUGCAUAGCUGUUUGAAUAAGUUAAUGUACCAUGUGUUUGUGAAUUAUACAUCUCGUUAACAUUCAAUGUACAAUUAUAUGAAAGAAGGUAACACUGUGUUUAAUAAAAGAAAUACAUUUUAGAAAUCCAAA